AAGCAUGGUGAAUUAGUAGUAGGGUUUAAUUGGAUCUUUGUGCUUGUUUUGCAAUUUUAGCAAAGGUGAUAUUGUGAAGUGGGUAUGGUGGGCAAAGAAGAUGUUCCUGUUAAUUCUAGGGCUCCAUCAUGCCAGCUUUCUGGCUCUCGGAAAAUGUUUUGGCGGUCAGCUUCAUGGUCUGCAUCCCGAACCGGUCUUCAAAUUCCUGAAGCUGGCAAAGAUCUAGGAGCAGAUCCUAAUGUUAAGAAUGGUACUAAUUAUGGUACUAAUGAUGGACAAACUCGCCGGUUUCCUCCUCCUCCCUUAACCCCACGUUCGCAACAGAACUCCAAGGCCAGGUCAUGUUUGCCACCCUUGCAGCCGUUGUCAAUUGCACGGAGGAGUUUAGAGGAGUGGCCGAAGGCUGGUUCUGAUGAUCUUGGAGAGUGGCCACAGCCGCCGACUCCUAGUGGGAACAAGAGUGGUGAGAGGUUGAAGCUUGACUUAUCAUCGAUUCAGUGGGGUAAUGAUAAGAAUAGUGGGCUUAUGAAGAGGGAUAAGAUUGCUUCCUUCGAUAAAGAAUGCUCAAAAGUUGCUCAACAUAUUUAUCUUGGUGGAGAUGCUGUUGCCAGGGACAUGGAAAUACUCAAACAGAAUGGGAUUACUCAUGUUUUGAACUGCGUGGGCUUUGUUUGUCCGGAAUAUUUCAAGGCUGAUUUUGUGUACAGAACUUUGUGGCUUCAAGAUAGUCCAUCAGAGGAUAUUACUAGCAUACUUUAUGAUGUUUUUGAUUAUUUUGAGGAUGUUAGGGAGCAGGGCGGAAGAGUUUUUGUUCAUUGUUGCCAGGGGGUAUCAAGGUCCACAUCACUGGUGAUAGCAUAUCUGAUGUGGAGAGAAGGACAUAAUUUUGAUGAUGCCUUUCAGUAUGUAAAGGCAGCAAGAGGAAUUGCAGAUCCAAAUAUGGGUUUUGCUUGCCAGUUGUUACAGUGCCAAAAGAGGGUCCAUGCUUUCCCUUUGAGCCCCAGUUCUUUAUUGAGAAUGUAUAGAAUUGCACUUCACUCGCCUUACGAUCCGUUGCACCUGGUCCCUAAAAUGCUGAAUGAUCCAUCUCCUUCUGUGCUGGAUUCUAGAGGUGCAUUUAUUGUUCAAAUACCUUCUGCAAUAUAUGUUUGGGUUGGUAGAAGCUGUGAAUCUAUCAUGGAAAGAGACACGCGAGGUGCUGUAUGUCAGAUUGUUCGGUAUGAGAAAGUGCAGGGGCCUAUAAUAUUGAUAAAGGAAGGAGAAGAACCGACUUAUUUUUGGAGUGCCUUUUCGAGAUUUUUACCUUUGAUGGAUAAAUCCGGAAAUAAAGUUGAAGUAGGGGAGUCAGCAGUUAAGAUUUACCCUGGUAAGAGGAUAGUGGAGUCAUAUAAUGUUGAUUUUGAGGUUUUUGAGAAGGCUAUAAAGGGAGGCUUUGUCCCUCCAUUUGCACCAUCAGAGGAUGAACAUGAAACCCACCUUCCUGCUAGAGAAAGCAGUUGGAGCAUGCUUAGAUGUAAGUUUGCCUCUGGAGUAAUGAAGGACUUUGUCACCGCACCAAAGAUAUUUUUCUCUAGGAUGUAUUCAGAUUCCAUGAUGAUAGUUCGUGCAUCAUCACCAUCAUCAGCAUCGUCCUCUUCUUCUUCCUCACCUCUGUAUCGCUCUCCUGAUUCCAGUAGUUGUUCGAACUACUUUUCGGAGUCCUCUCUGGAUUCACCUUUGGCUGUUUCUAGUUCUCCCCAAUCUUCUUCAACUUCGCCUAAUUUUUCUAGCUUGUCUCUUGUUUCAUCAGAAACUUCUUCACACCCCAAAUCUAAUAGCUCAGGAUUUGUCAGCGUCAAUUUCUCUUCUCAACCUGAGGCUGCAUCUUCACACCUGAAAACUGUUUCACCGUCCCUUGCAGAAGGGCGAGGCAGUUUGUCAAAGUCUCCGAAGCUGCCAGUGCUGAGUGAUAAUACAAGAGAAACAAAUGAUCAGUCAUAUUUUCUUGUCAAGCAAGAUGGGGUCUGGAUAAAUGACAAUACUAGUGCAUCGUGCGAGUCGGAUAUUGAAAUUGUCUUUGAUUCCAGUCAUGGUGUAAGAAAUGGAGGGAAUAUUAUGAUUGAAGAUUCUGAUUUGAAGAUAUCUCCUCGUGGAAGAGCUAAUAUCGGCUCAGGUGAUAAGGGAUCUACUUUUGUUGGUACUUGUGAACCUCAAGGAAUUCACAGUCACCUGGACGGUUUUGUUUCUGCUGUUCCAAAUAGGAUAGAGGAAAGUUUUCCUGCAUGUCCUGGUGUAGUUAGACCUUUAGUAUGGCGCUGGCCCGGCAUAGACAAGAUGAAAAAAUUUAAUAGAAGUGAUCUAGAUUCAAAAUCUGCUUUUGCAAUUUUUUCUCCGGCUACAGAUGUAGGCAUAAAUAAAGAUAGCACUCUAUAUUUUUGGAUAGGGAGGUUUUUUCAUUGUGACAAAAGCUUGAUUCAGCUAGAUAGCAGCCAAGUGCCAGGGUAUAGAGAAGAUAUUGACUGGAACCAAGUUGGUUAUGUUGUUCUAACUCGAGUGGGUUUGCCAAACGACACCCCUGUGAAGAUUGUCAAAGAAGACGAAGAACCAACUGAAUUGCUUGCGAUGCUGAAGACACUGUAGUUCUGCAAUUGAGUACAGACCUGCAAGCCAAUAGAUUUUAUAAAUUAUCUACCCAGUUAUUCACUUGGCCUAUUUUUGCUCAAGAAUUUCAAGCAUCAAGCCUAGUUCCCAUGGCAAAACAAAUGAGGCAACUGCUUUUGGGAAGGAUCGUGUGGCAAUUCACCCUGGUUGUACAGCAUUGUCGUUAACACCAUUGUAACCGAUAGUCAUUUGUUCCACAGACUUAUUUGUAUAUUUAGUGUUACUCUAAAUCAUUUGUUGCAGACAAAAUAGAUUCACUGCAAUUUCCCCUCUUUGGUCUAUUUUCAUUUCUUCCAAUUCUCA